UUAUCUGCACCAAUACCCAGGACAACAGGAAUGGCUUUCUCAGUUCUUCGACUGACUGUUGUACUGGGACUGUGUGCCCUAAUCCUGACAAGCCAGGCAGAUGACAAACCAGAUGAAGAAGGCAACCCAGAUGAGAAAGCAGAUAACCCUCCAGAUGACUCCAGUAAAAAAUCAGAGGGAGAUUUCCCCAAAUUCUUAAGCCUCCUGGGUUCAGAGAUCAUUGAGAACGCAGUGGAUUUCAUCCUUCGCUCCAUGUCCAGGGGAUCAAGCUUUAUGGAACUUGAUGAGGACCCUGGACAGCCAUCUUCAAAAGUGACCUCCUAAGGGCACACCCAUCUGGCAGCUGGACAAAAUAAGGACAGCCAGAUCCUGAACAUCUAGUUCUGUUUUACAAACUCGUCCAGAACCUGAGAUAUCAAUGCAGCUCCCAGCAAGUCACCAGGAAUGAAUCCCCAGUUUUAGAAAAAUAUAAUCCAUUCCAGCUCUUUGACCUUGCCUUUCUGUCUCUACAAAGUCAGAAAAAGGACCCUUUUAGAGUUCUAGCAUUACAUACUUGACUUUAUGGAGAUUUUUGUUGUUCCUGGCAAGUUUCCCUGGCAUAUUUAACUUUGUAAUGAAGCAAAAAAAUGAGAUGAUACAUUGCUUAUACAUAUGUACAUAAGCAAAUUCAAGGCUUCUUUGUAUAUACAAUACACAUAUAUGGUAACAGAUUCUAAAAGACGAAGUAACACAUUUAAAAUUUAAAAGCCAGUAUGUAGUAGAAAAGGGACUUAAUUCUUGCUUCAAAAAUAAAGUUUUUAAUAUCUAAAGAUAUAUGAAGUUUCAAUAUUUUACACAUUUUUUUUAAAAAAAGUUUUUCUUUCAAAAUAUCUAAGUCCCAAGUCCUUUGUUAGUAAACUCAAAACUGAUCUACUGAUGGUCCUCUUUUCAUUCAAAUGUCUGUUUCUCUUCCACGGUCAUUAUUCUUCUGCUAGAAUGUCAGGCAUUGAGGAGGGAAGAGUUCCUGAACCAAUGAGUGUGGCCUCUUUACAGUUCACAGAGCUCACUUCAGUGCACAGAGCUAAGUCCUCAACAGCCAUAGCAGCCAACUCGACAGGCACUUUCUCCCAGAACCAUCUACUAAGUCAAGAGGACACGAUUGAAGUCGUGGAGCAAUGUGAUCAUGGCCACACUGGAGUCUAGAACACACCUUCAUUCUGUUUCCACUCUUCAGGUCAACAUAUUUGCCCCGGGUCCUUCUCAAGCACUGCUCCUAUUUCCAAUCCCACCCUGAAUGCGGUCAUUGUAUUUUCGAUGAUAGCUAUUUCUUGACAAUCUUGCUGUUUUUAUUUAUCUGUGAUAGAUUUGCAUACAGCACAAAGAACCUUUAAUGAUAUUGAUGAAUAAGCCAUGGACUGAAUAUUGAACCAGUGGAAAAUAAAAAUGAACGUUGUAUUUUACAGCGAAUUGAGAUAGCCCAUUCUUUGCAUCUUUUGGAGAAUGGCAUCAGUUUCAAAUAUCACACCCAUCCUAGGUUAUCAAAAUAUCUAUUAAACUCAGCAUUUGACAGACAGUUAGAAUGCUUCUGUGAACCAAUUGUGUUCCCCAAAUCUCUUUUCAGGGUGUUGGUUUGUUUUGUUUUGGUGGGGACACAUUAUUUGUUUGUAGUACUGUGGAUUGAACCC